UGUGUGUUUUCUCAUCCCACGGAGCGUUGAUUCCUCCAAUUUCGGAAGUGUUCGGUUUAAACAAAUGGAUCACAUAAAACGACUUUUUAUUUUUAUAUUUUAAAUUUCUGGUACCACCCAAUGAAUUUGUUGCGGAAAAUCUUUCGGAUUUCUGGCCCUGGUGGGGAUAAGUUGAUGGGGUCGUAAGUGCAACAGAGCCACGAAAGGAGAGAGUUUUGGUUUCCAAAACCUUGUUUUUCCCAACACAGAAAAAAUGUUGCAGAAGCUGUGUUUGAUGGCUUCUCAUGGAUGCCCUGUGGGACUUGCUUUGCAGCAAGAUUUGCCCAUGGUUGGGAGCACCAUUACCAAGGGUUGUCAACCAUUAUUGCCUUCUCCUGUACUGAGACCAGAAAUGAUCAGAUAUGAGUCUCCACUAAAUCCAUUUGAGACAACCAAGCCCCAGCAAAAGUGGUUCGAUUCUGACCAGAUUGUUAACGUGAACUUGUCGACUCAAAGACCCAUGCUUAUUGAUGUUCAAGGAACUUAUCCAAGCCCAGUACACUUUGGCUUUGGCAUCGUUGAACAAUGCUCUCAGCAGGAUAAAAUUUUGCAGUGCAUCAUGUCUGAGAGUGCUGAAGCUGGUAUAGGUGGUUUACAUAUAUCUUUGUUGUCUGACUUGGUGGAUUUGCAAUUGUCAGGCAUUGAUGAACCUCAAAAGCCAUUGACACCUAUUAUCCCAGAAAGCAAAUUCUUCAUCCCGAAGCUUUUGCUAGAUAUUUUUCAAGAUUCGGCCUUUAGUUCAAAGGUCACAGUUCAUCCAGAUGGUCAAGUCACUUUCAUGGGUACUGCUCUUGAGAUGAAAGAUGUUCUUUCUGUAGUUUCUGACUCAUACUUAUUACGGAAGGGUGAAAAACAAUUUAUGCUUGUUCCACACUUCAGCAGGAUGAGUAUCAAAGAAGUAGAAGUAAAAAGUCUUUCCUCCACGCUGGAUAUUCAUUCUACAUUGACUGUUCCUUUGAGGAGUCCCGAGAAAGCCAAAGUGAAGCCUUCACGAAAGAAGAACAAGAAAGUAGCCACGGAGAGGGAUCUCUUCAAGAAGAACUACUUACAUGCAUGUGAGAGCCUUCUGUCCUUAUUGGUUGACAAGAGGCAACACCGCAAAACAGCAAUUCUCUCUCUCAAGAAAUCUGGCCCUGAACUUCCUGAGCUCCUUACACAAUUUUCUGCUGGCAUUGCCGGUACUGGUCUUGCUGUUCUGCUAUCUGUUAUCUGUAAGCUUGCUUGUGGAAGAGGGAUUCCCUUUUGUUCUUAUAAGCUCAUCAACACAGGGUUUGGAUUUGGGUUGGUUUGGCUUUCUUGGGCAGUUAAUAAGCUAAGGGAUACAAUUGUUGGCAUUAACAAGAAUGGUGGAAAGCCAAGACUGAAAGAUGAGGAGAUAAUUCAAAAGGUGGACAAGAGCCUAAGAGAAAUAUACUUCAGAUCCGCUGCAUUGCUGGCAGUAGCAGUGCUAAGGCUUGCUUGAGCACUGAACAAAUUAUCUCAUUAAAAUUGAAGUGCUGCAAGUGUCACAGGUCCACACAUUGGAACAAUCAUUAUACCUUAUUUGUUGGAUGUCAUGGCCAACGCUUUUGGGGAAGUGAUAGCAAAACGCAAUCUUGUUUCAAACCAAAUGAACCUUUGCUUGAUCUUGGAAGCACAUGAUUGUGGAUUAUUGGCUUGAGCAGCACUUGGAUUCUGUACUUUGGGUGAUGAUAGUAUCUUGUUUCAUUAACCAAAGUAUGUAGCAUACUUAUUUGAUUGGUAUUAGGGCAGUGAGGUAAAUUGUAAAGUGUAAUGUGAAAUUUUGUAAUGAAAUACUGUUUUGGUAAAAUUGUUCAGGUGGUUAUAUAUCACUGCUACCAAAUGAUGCA